AUGACGAGACUGGCCUUGGCGGCGGCGUUGGUGGCUCUUUCGUCGGCCCAAAUGUUCGGCUACGGACAUCCCGGCUCCUACAACUCCUACGGCGGCCACCACGACGACUUGGUCGGUGACGUCUUCUGAAUCCAGAAGACCUUCUUCCAGGACAAGUACUACGGCGGCUAUGACAACAACCGCGGCGGAUACGACUCCCGCUACGGCAGCGACAGUUAUGGAGGCGCUCAUGGGAAACACGGGCAUCACGACGGCAAAUACGGUAGGCGAGAGGGUACUGUAGGGUUGUGGAAAGGGUACUGUAGGAGCUGCUGGACACAAGAACGGCGGCGACUACUUUGCCAAGGGAGAUGAGAACGGCCACGCCGACUCGAACUACGAGGGCGGCUUCAAGAAGGACGGAGGUUUGGCUGGAGAAGCAGGACCUUUCAGAACCUCCUUGCAGACGUCGAGGGCGGAAAGAAGUACUCCUACAUCGUGGAGGGAUCCGGUCCUGCCGGCACCUACAAGAAGGGCUACUACGGCUCCGAAGGUGCUUCUACAAGAUGUUCUUCUGGAAUCAGAGAGAUUCAGGCUACGAGCACGGCGACCACAAGAGCAAGUACAACGCGGCGGCCGACUCCGACGGCUUCAAGAAGGGCUACGCGAGCGAGGGCGCCGGCCACGCCGACAAGUACUCCUCCUACGACCAGCAGGACGACGUCCACGCCGGCCACGGCAACAAGUACGACGUCGGCAAGCAGGGCAGCAGCUACGGCGGCUACGGCGACGAGGGCCACGCCGACGGCUGGAUCAACAAGGCGCACGACGAGAAACACGGCUCCCGCUACGGAUCCCAGCCUUACUACGGCUCUCGGCCUUGA